CUCGCCCCCCGCGCUCGCCCCCGGCCCCGGCGCGGCCAUGAGCGUGGAGGACUAUUACCUGGAGCUGUGCGAGCGGCCCGUCCACUUCGAGAAGGCCAACGCCGUCAACUGCGUCUUCUUCGAUGAGGCCAACAAGCAGGUUUUUGCCGUCCGGUCGGGCGGAGCUACCGGGGUGGUGGUUAAAGGACCGGAGGAGAGGAACCCCAUCUCUUUCAGAAUGGAAGACAAAGGGGAAGUGAAAUGCAUCAAGUUUUCCUUGGGAAACAAGAUCUUGGCCGUUCAGAGGACCUCUAAGAUUGUGGAUUUUUUGAACUUCAUCCCCGAUAGCCCUCAACUGGAAUACACCCAAGAAUGCAAGACCAAGAAUGCCAACAUUUUGGGGUUCUGUUGGACCAGCUCGACCGAAAUCGUCUUCAUCACAGAUCAAGGAAUCGAGUUUUACCAGGUACUGCCAGAGAAACGGAGUUUGAAACUCCUGAAAAAUCAGAAUAUCAACGUGAACUGGUACAUGUCCUGCCCCGAGAGUUCGGUCAUUCUGCUGUCCACCACAGUCCUGGGCAACAUCCUUCAGCCUUUCCAUUUCAGGACCGGAACCAUGUCGAAGCUGUCCAAGUUUGAAAUCGAAUUACCGACCACUCCCAAGGCAACAAAACCGAGCCUUUCCGAAAGAGACAUCGCCAUGGCUACCAUCUACGGGCAGCUCUACGUCCUCUUCCUGAGACACCACUCCCGGGCCUCCAGCAACUCCGGAGCCGAGGUGGUCCUGUACCACUUGCCACGGGAGGGCCCCUGUAGGAAGUUGCACAUCCUCAAGCUGAACAGGACGGGAAAGUUUGCCCUCAAUGUGGUGGACAACCUGGUGGUGGUGCAUCAUCAGGACACCGAGACGUCUGUGAUCUUCGACAUCAGGCUGCGCGGAGAGUCCGACGGCACAGUGACCCUCCAUCAGCCCGUGCUCCCGGCCCGGUCCAUCCAGCCCUGCCAGAUCCCCAUAGCAGGGCCUGCUGCCGUGACCAGCCCUUCUCCGGUCCCCUGCAAGCUCUAUUCGUCCUCCUGGAUCGUCUUCCAGCCCGAUAUCAUCAUCAGUGCCAGCCAGGGCUACCUCUGGAACCUCCAGGUCAAGCUGGCGCCGGUGGUGGCCCUCCUCCCAGAUAAGGGCCGGCUGGUGGACUUCCUCCUCCAGCGGAAGGACUGCAAGCCGGUCAUCUUGGCUGUGUGUUCCCAGAUGCUGAGCGUGUCGGACAGAGGGACGCUGCCGGUCAUCGCCACGGUCUUCGAUAAACUCAACUCUGAGUAUAAGAAGUACUUGGAAGCCGAGCAGAGUUAUGCCCUGGCGGUGGAGACCGGGCAGAGCCGGAGCAGCCCCCUGCUGAAGCGGCCCGUCCGCACCCAGGCCGUCAUCGACCAGUCGGACAUGUACACGCACGUCCUGUCCGAGUUCACGGAGAAGAAGGAGCUGCCGCCGAAGUUCAUCACGGCAGUCCUGAUGGAGUACCUCCGCUCCCUCAACCAGUUCCAGAUCACCGUCCAGCACUACCUCCACGAGCUCGUCAUCAAGACCCUCGUGCAGCACAACCUGUUCUACGUGCUGCACCAGUUCCUGCAGUACCACGUCCUCAGCGACUCCAAGCCGCUGGCCUGCCUCCUCUUGUCCUUAGAGAGCAUCUACCCCCCGGCCCACCAGCUGGCCCUGGACAUGCUAAAGAGACUGUCGACGGCCAACGACGAGAUCGUGGAAGUCCUGCUGUCCAAGCACCAGGUGCUGGCCGCCCUGCGCUUCCUGCGGGGCCUGGGCGGACACGACCCCGUCUCCGCCCGCAAGUUCCUCGACGCGGCGAAGCAGACCCAAGACAACAUGCUCUUCUACACCAUCUUCCGCUUCUUCGAGCAACGCAACCAGCGCUUACGGGGGAACCCCAGCUUCGCACCGGGAGAACACUGCGAGGAACACGUGGCUUUUUUCAAACAUCUCUUUGGACACCAAGCCCUGAUGAAGCCCACAGCUGUCUGAGGCGGAUGUGAGUGUUUUACAAAAGUGUACAAAGUUCAUUUAUUGGAUUAAUAGAGAUUUUACCUACAAAAGUCAUAAUAAAGUAUGUAUAUAUAUACACA